UACCAGCUGAGUCAGUCAUUCUCCCGCGGACUGCGACAACAUCAGAAUCAUUUCGGUCUUUACGCGCACGGUGGUGAUAUAAACACAACAAGUAAUAACAAACAUAAUCGUCUCCCGAUCUUUCCGCAUUGAGUUCCUUUUUCGACGAUCGAUCAGAAAGAUGGAUACUAAAAUCUUCGCGCUGCUUGUUCUCGUCGGCGUCCUAGGAUCCUUUAUGGAGGCUCAAGCGACCUACUUCGGUUAUCCUCAUGCUUAUGGAAAUGGACGACUAGGCGGACCAACGUCGGUCAAUUUCGUCGGGAUGUCCAGGUCAAAACGAGAAAUCGGUGAGACUACCACCAGUCAAGCGACUACAAUGACCCCCUCGUCGACAAAUCCUACAACCACACCAUCAUCGACCACAUCAUUGUCAUCGACUACACCAUCACCCACCACAUCGCCAACGUCGCCUACGACCACCCCAUCCACCAGUCCAAUCACCACACCCACUACCACGGAGGCGACGUCUCCUACGACUACUCCGACAUCCACUUCCGCUACCACUCCCUCGACCACUUCCGCUACUACUCCGUCCACCACAGAUCCUAGCAUGACAACUUCAGAAAGCACGAAAUCAACGUCUAAGCCGAAGAAAUCGACAGACAACGAUGUUCUGUCGCGCUCGAAUUUCGAUGAAUCCGAGCCCGAAGAUUCCUCUAAGAAACCUGGAUCAUCGUCCAAGAGUGACAAGAUGCCAACUCCUGGACCAUAUUAUGGCCCAGGCGUUUCCGGAACCGGCUUUGGCAGCUUUGGUCCAGGUUUCGAUCCCUAUAAUGGUUAUCCCGGAUUCAACUCUAUACCAGGUCCCGGCCCGAACUACGCGUGGACCGGUACGAACAAUGGACCAGGAUACGCGUCCGCGGGCGCGUCAGCUGGGAGUUUUGCAGGAGGAUAUCCGGGAUAUCCUGGAGCAGGGUAUCCUGGAGCGGGGUAUCCUGGAGCGGGGUAUUCUGGAGCGGGGUAUCCUGGAGCGGGGUAUUCUGGAGCGAGGUAUCCGGGAGCGGGAUAUCCAAUGAGAAGGCAACCUACACCUACGACUACUGAGUCACCAUCUGUCAAUAAUCGAGGAGGAUUUCAGGAUAAUUCACCGAACCAGAACACACCAAAUUACGGCAGAAUAGAUCCCUAUAACGCAGGACCUGGAUUUUUUUUCCCCGGACAAUUCCCUACCUUCAAUGAUCCUACUUUUGACAUGAUCAGACAGAUUCAGGCGCAAAUCGAGGCUCAGCAUCAAGCUAACAUGGAAGCCCACAAUCGUUUGGCCAGCGAGGCCGCUAAUUACGGUAGUGGAAGUUAUGGUGGUGGCGGACCACAGGUUGCGAGUGCCAGCAUUGGUUUAGGUCCAGAUGGCGGUUAUCAAAUAGGCCAGAUCAGUCCUGUUGCGCCAGGAAUAGAGUCCAGAUUCGCUGAUGAUCUUCCCGCUCCAUCUGGUAAUUCUUUUGGAGUGUUCGCCAGUUCCAGCUCUUCCAGCAGGACUGGUCCGGAUGGCAGACCAAUCGGCCAUAAGACGUCUAUCACUGGUGUGAACGAUAACGGAAAGAUUUCUUACCGUACGGUGCACGAUUAACUAUGCUUUUGAUUGUGUUUUCAACACAUCUUAUUUUUAACUAUUAUUUUACUAUCGUCUAUUUUGUGUAUGUUAUACAAUACCAUGAUAGAGAUAAAUUUUUAUGAUUUAAAGUCUUAAUCCGCGAUUUAGGAUUCAAGACUUAAAUAUUUUCUCAAGAUUACCAUAUACUCAAAAAAAUACUCAAGUUUCUUAAAACUAAUAGAUUUUUUUCUAUGAAAAAUUUUAUAAAUUUUUCUGUGAUUAUUAACUAUGUUGACAGUUUGAUCUUGACUAUCUGCUUGCGAAAGAUUAACUUAAGAUUUAUUUGUUGUACAAUAAAAAGUUUUAAUAAGUUUU